AUGUGACCGGCCGCCGCAGUCGGGAUGCUCGAGCGCGAUGAGAGUGAAAAGCCGAACGGCUGCCACACGCGUCGGACGGCCUGACGGACGAGCGGCGAUGUAAGGAAACCGCCGUGGUGGAGCAACGCCUUCGCCUCGUCCCCGCGCAGUGCCUUACUGAGAAGCCCAACAUGUGCUCGACGGCGUACGAGCUGGGGGCCGUCCGGCUCGAGAUUCGGCCGCUCCGGCCGUUCAAGUCCAGCGAGGAAUACCUGUGGGCGAUGAAGGAGGACCUGGCCGAGUGGCUCAACACGCUGUACGGGCUCAAGCUGACGGCCGAAGGUUUCCUCGACUCCCUGGACGACGGGGUGCUGCUCUGCCGACACGCCAACAAAGUGCUCGAGAUAGCCCGGUCGGACGGGAGGCUCGCGUCGCUCUCGCUGCCCGACAGGGACGUGGUGUACCGGGCCGAGGUGCAGCGGGGAACCUUCCUGGCGCGGGACAACGUGUCCAACUUCAUCGCCUUCUGCCGGGCGCUCAGCAUCAAGGAGUGCCUCCUCUUCGAGACGGAGGACCUGGUGAUGCGCAAGAACGAGCGUAGCUUCAUCCUGUGUUUGCUGGAAGUGGCGCGCCGGGGAGCGCGGCUGGGCAUGCUCGCGCCCAUGCUGGUGCAGUUCGAACAGGAGAUCGACGCCGAACUCGAAGGAUGCGACUCGGACGAAGACCCCCAGCCGCGACCGCAGAUCAUCACCAACGACCUCCGGUCUCUGCACGAAAGGGUGGUGGAUCUUCUAAACAGGUGUACUUGCCCGUCCCAAUUCCCGAUGAUUCGCGUCGCGGACGGGAAGUACAGGAUUGGUGACACGAAAGUGCUAAUCUUCGUUCGAAUACUUCGAAGCCACGUCAUGGUUCGUGUGGGUGGCGGUUGGGACACGUUGGAACACUACCUCGACAAGCAUGACCCUUGCAGGUGCAGAUCAGGUCACCGGACAUCAACUUCAGCAAAACUGACCAUGACACCGGGGAAGACUGGAAGUCCCAGCAUGCAGGUCACAUACAAUAGACCUCCGGCACCGAGCUACCCGUACGGCAACACUUCACCCCUGAUGUCCCGCAGAAGCCUGCCCAACAACGCCUCACUUCCCGAGCAUGACAGAGACAUGACGCCUUCCAGAAUCUCGCACUACAGCGACGACUCGACCAGCUCCAGCAACGGGUCGGGCGCCCCCGCCGACAGCAGCAGCGAAACUUCAGAGGGGGACUUCGCCAAAAACACGUCGGGCUCCCGCAAGUGUUCCCCCCGAAAGAUUGCCAAGACCGGAGGCGGAACGCCACAACACGGAGAGUUUAACAGCGGCUGGAAGAUGUCCCCGGACAGGCCAGACUCCGGCCUGGCACACGACCUGUCGGAAACCAAUUCUACAACAUCUGCCGACGAAAGUUCGGUGGCACCGCCAGUGUCUCCGGCCAAAACUAACGGUUCCGCGGCACCCAAGGGCCUUACAAACGGCAGCUCCAAGCAACAGACGACGGCCAAGUCCAAGAUACCGCAUCUAGCUGCACCGCAUCGAGCCGUGAGCAACGAAACCCUCAACAGCAACGGGAUCGCAGCCCAUCCCCAGACGAACGGAAGACUGCGACAGUCAUCCACUCCUCCAAGUGCCAACUCCAGGCGGCGAUCUGUGGAGGCGGCGUUGGCUACCUUGCCGAGGUCGCGGUCCCACAGCAGCGAGGGCAGUAUGACAAACGACAAGGCCUUCUUGACCCGCGGAACUGUGGCCAGGUGUUCCUGGAGGAGUCCUCCAACGGUGCGGACGUCCCGCGCUGACAACGGUUUUGCUUCGGGCAACAAAACAUGGGCCUUCCGGCAGCGCUCCUCCAGGCCGGCCAUCAGCGCUGACCUCUUCAGCCCCCCUUCUACGUCUCCAAAACGAAGCGCCUCCAACGGCGCGAGCCCGACCAAGUCCCAGAGGCCCAACGUCAUCUCACCCCUGCUUCAGGAGUUCCUCUUGGACAAGGACCUCGAUUCCGACGACAAGAUCUUGAAGAAGAUGGAGUGGAUGGUGAGACGGUACCGCGAAGGAAUCGGCAAGCACGACAUGCUUGGCGAAUGUCACGGCGAGGACGACAGGUGUGCGAACGAUGGCCCUAGGAUGGCCCACACGGCGCCCACGUCACCGGACGGCUUCUGCAGCCCUCCUUGCCGGAGGCGGGGCUCCAAGAUUCCCAUGGCUACUUAUUACGACAGGGAUUGAGUUUGCGUUUUAGAGUGAAAGUGUAUAGCUCUCGAAUGCGUUUACUGCGGAGGCCCAAACGACCUAACGAAUGCCUGAGACUAUAUACCUCAGUGCGAUGCGCACAAAGCACCGAUUGUUAUUUCCGAAACGUUUUCCCCACCAACAGGCAUACAAAAACCACCACACUGCGAACAAAGUUGGACGAGGGCAGUGGUCUGCUUUCGCACAGAAAGCUCGUGUCAGUGGUCAUUUAGCCAUUGGUUGGCUGCCAUCCGUCAUUGGUUUAUUCCAAUACCACCCAGAAAGCAAUACCUGCCCGCCCCCUUCCACAAAAAUAACAACAACACAAUAAAUAGUGGGUUUACAAGCGCCACCAGCGCGUCUUGCAGCGUCUCAGAACUAUUGCGACGCAAGCACUUGGUGACACCAAGAUGGACGCGUCUGCCACUUUGCGGCGCCUCUCGUUGAGCUUCAGCGCGUUUGCAGCUUGGGGCGGGUCGGUCGGGGAUCCAGGAACGAUGACGUGCAUGUCUUGUCUUCUAGGUGGUAUCUAGAGUCACUGAAAGUUCUAAGAGUACCGAAUUCCAUUCAGUCCGCUUACCGGAAGUAGGUCCCGCAGAAUCCAGUUAUGAUUGGCUGGUUUAGCCUGUGGCGGAAGUUAUCAGUCGGCCAUUUUGUGGAUCGGCCCAAAACAACAAAAGAACGGAUGCAAAUCGUUUCUGCAUUACUGCGGCUAUGGUGGGUACGCACGCGUGGGAGCUCUGGGCAUCGAUGAGUUAGUAACGAACGGUUGCGCUGGUGCUGCGUUUCAAACUCCACGCCUCAGACGCUAAGCCUAACACUCGAUUUCGAUGUGUUUCGAGACGAGAGAGACGAGACAGCAAGGGGCAAGUCACGCACCGCUCGGAACGAAGGAAAUAACUUUUUAAAAACAAACCAGUGUCGCCACGAACCAGGAACGUGAAUUGAAGAGCUCACAUGAGAACGAACGCUACACUGUACGCGCUUCGCUUCGACCGCACAGGGUAGCGCCAUAUUGGGGAUCGCGACUGCUACGCCGCGACUCGGUUUUGAAGCGAAGCUUGGGAGUUUCGGUACACUGGGAACGUUCAGUGCCUCUGGCGGUAUCGGUUUAGCUGACCACUGGUAGACUAGGAGAUGUCGAUCCGCAUGAAUAUCACCGACAAAUAUAGUCUUGAGUACGUUUCAGAUUGAAGGAAAGAAAGCAAUUAAACGGUAGUAUAUCGAAGCGAUUAAGACAUGACCUAGUGAACAUAAACACCUGCACAAGAGCAUAAAGUUCAUUUGGAAAGCAAGCUAUAUCUCCUGAUUCACGAGUAACGAUAACUAAGUAUGUAUAAACUGUGUAGAUAUAUUUUGACAUCUAUUUUGAAAACAAAACAAAAAUGGAGCGAAGUGCGAACUCAAAGCAAAUGUAAUGGCAGGAAAUCAAACUUCGAGUCUGAACUGCUAAAAAAAAAAAAAAAAGAAGAAAAAAAAAAGCACGAUAACACUUUGUUGUAAAGACAAAAGCCACAACCAGCGCAGCAUCUAACUUCAUGAAGUUUUCUACCCCCUAAGUUGGGACAACAUAAUCAUUGUCUAUGUAUUUCAUCGUUUUAUUACACUCUCAUUAUUUUUUAAGAACAUUUUUUUUCCAUUCUCUAAAAUUCGCUGCAUACCAUUCUAGUCUGCAACAAGAACGUUUCGUGGCGACUCCACAUGGGCUCAUACUGUUAUCGAAUCAAUGUAGGAUAAAAUUAGAUAUGGCGCAUAUUAUUGACUGAGAUAAAAUAUAUAAAGAAUAUAUAUGUACUUGUAAACUUUCGUAAUAGAUGGGGACAUACAAACUCGAACACUAUAGGUGAAGAAUUCAACUGAGAGAACCUCUUCCACACGCCUUACGAUAUCUCAGACUAGACCUCCGAGCUUAGGAAACCAUUAUUUCUAGCAUUUUUCUUUUGUAUAUACAUAUAUUACGAGCUGCUACUGGCAGGCGGAAGAGAGGUGCACUUGUUGAUCCUCCUGGCAGCCUGCUGAGUGAGGGUCGCGAGCACUUAGUCGGGGACCGCGAUACAAAGCGCCCCUGUUACUUCGCAUGUCUUCGCUGCUAUCAUUAAAGGCUUGAGCAUAUACGAUGUGAAGUUUACUGUGCACUUCGUUACUAUCAAUGUUAUAUGUGCCUCGCUGUUACCUAUCUUGCAGCUGUAGAAUGUAAAUAAAAGAGUUCUGUUUUAUAA